AAAAAAAAAAAGAAAGAGAUGAGAUAGUUAAUGGCAAAAAAUAAUCCCUCAAGCCGAGAGGAGAAGAGAAGAGAGAGAAAAGGUCGACAAUUCAGAUCCGUUUCACAAGGCUGCUUCGGAGAAUAUAUAUAUAAAAUAUAAAUUUUAUGUGGUGAGUUCAUAACAAUUUCGAUUGCCUGAUUAAACCAUUUUGUUGUUCUAUCAUUAUCCGCUAUAAAAUUCUCCCAAGAACCAUGAAAGCUCCGGUCGUAGCCCCUUUUCUAUGUAAGGCCCUUUACCCUCGCCGCAACCCUUUCUUCUUUACACUUGCUUCGUCAUCAAUUUACUCCCUUUCCAAGCAUCUCCAUUAUAAUCCCUUGGCUACUUGUGUUGACACUCCUAGAGCGGAACCCUCUCAAAUUUGUCGCGAUCAAAGUGAUGAUCAUGUUUACAAGUAUGUGACAUAUUGUCGACCCAGUUUCUCCGAUCAUGUUUCUGGCUUACCCUUUAGCAAGAAUCAUAUGAAAACCAUACACACGGAUUCAGUUGUGGAAGAUCUGCAUCACGAAAACGAGAAUAAAGAAGAUCCAUGGCUCAAAAUGCAGGAGGACUCCAGGUUAGAUGCUGAUCGAGAACCAGUUCUGUCCAGCUACUACUAUACCUCCAUUCUGUCUCAGAAGACACUAGAAAGGGCGUUGGCGAAUCAUCUCGCUAUUAAGUUAAGCAAUUCCAGCCUUCCUAGUAGUACUCUGUUUGAUAUUUUUAUAGGGGCUCUUGAAGAGAAUCAAGACAUCAUUGGGGCAGUGAAGGAAGAUUUGAGAGCUGUGAAGGAAAGAGACCCCGCCUGCAUAAGCUACGUGCACGGUUUCUUGAAUUUCAAAGGGUUUCUGGCAUGCCAAGCCCAUAGAAUAGCACAUAAAUUAUGGGCACAAGGUAGAAAUGUUUUAGCUUUAUUGAUUCAAAACAGAGUAUCUGAUGCGUUUGCGGUUGAUAUUCACCCAGGAGCAAGGAUCGGACAGGGGAUAUUACUUGAUCAUGCCACAGGACUAGUUGUUGGAGAGACUGCUGUGAUUGGGAACAAUGUGUCAAUCUUGCAUAAUGUGACCUUAGGUGGUACUGGGAAGGCUUGUGGAGACAGGCAUCCAAAGAUUGGUGAUGGGGUUUUGAUUGGGGCUGGUACUUGUAUUUUGGGUAACAUUAGGAUUGGUGAAGGGGCCAAGAUUGGGGCUUGUUCAGUGGUGUUGAAGGACGUGCCACCCAGGACUACUGCUGUUGGCAACCCAGCUAAAUUGGUUGGAGGAACGCAGAACCCGAUAAAGCUUGACAAGAUUCCUAGUUUUACCAUGGAUCACACUUCACACAUAGCAGAGUGGUCUGAUUAUGUCGUAUAGGGGGCUUUUUCUUAGGUAGAAAUUAGAAAAUUUGAUUAGCAUUUUUGGGAUUGGAAAAUAUUCCUGCUAUUGUGAUUGGGAACGUUUGCUCACUAGCAAACAGAGCAGGCUUUGUUCUAAUUCUACCUAGUGAUUAAUAAUCUUACCUAAGUGAUAUCUUACAUGUGGCCUUGAGCAAAUAUUACCAAACCAAAUAUGCUGUAAGUAUGAACCAAAUCAAAUUAUGUUGUUAAUUUUCUUCCCAUUCUGUUGGAUUUGGUUUACUCUUUGCCAUUUUAUAUGGUCAUGAAGUAUUGUAUAAUAUACCCGGUAAUAUAAAAUGCUUUAUUAUUUCAAA